CACACUUUCUAGAGAGUUCAGAUAAUCAGAUAAAGCAUAUAGACGAAAGCAUGAUAUCGUUUCUGGUAAAUCGCCGAGCUUGUGGUGCUUACAAGGUUUCAUUGGGACUAACUCGUGCUUAUAAAGGUUUAACAGAAGUAAAAAGCCUUCAAAAUGCCGUACGACCUGGUAAUAAAACCGAAAAUAUCAAGCUGGUAAACAUAUUCCGAACUUCUAGCAUACAAAAUGUGAAGAAGAACCAACUAAUUGACGCUGAAAGCGUUAUUCCAUUCUUAAUGAGGCCAGCCAAACCUUUGCCGAUUAUGAAAGAAGGAUCUGGAAUCGAUUGUAACGACGAUUUGCUGUCGUCUGAGCAAAGAGCCAAAAAAAGGGAAAGCAUAAAACAAUCCGAGGUAGAUUGCCCCAAAUUUCCAACCGAGAAACUUCCGCCCACAACGAAAUUUCCUAUUAAUGAAAAUGCCAAGAAGGUUUUAGAUCCAGCCGACCAAAAAGAACUCGAGGCCGAUUUGUUAGAGAGGCUUAAAGAUAUGGCUAGAAGAAAGAAAUCUCGGCUGGAUGAAAGAGUUGACGAGCUGAGGGAUAAUUUUAUAGGCCGGAAUUAUGCUUCUCUACAAGGAAGAACUAUUGUGACUGUGCAUGCCAAGGAAUCAACUCCACCGAAAGGAUCUGGGCCUGCCAAACCGGGAGGCUCACCUCCACCCAAAAAUGUUUCUGCUCCGCCGAAGGGCGGUUCUCCGCCUGCCAAAAGCGGCGCUCCACCACCCCCAAAGGGGCCACCGCCCGGAACUCCACCACCGCAGACGAAAACUACUUUUGGACCACUUGCUGAUGCUGAUCGAAUCUUUACCAAUCUAUACGGACGGCACGAUUGGCGAUUGAAGGCAGCUAUGAAGCGCGGUGACUGGUACAAGACGAAGGAGAUCAUAGCCAAGGGUGACAAGUGGAUAGUCAACGAGAUUAAGACAUCUGGACUGCGAGGACGCGGUGGCGCCGGAUUUCCCAGUGGACUUAAGUGGUCAUUUAUGCAUAAACCGCCUGAUGGAAGGCCCAAGUUUCUGGUGGUCAAUGCGGAUGAAGGCGAGCCCGGAACUUGCAAGGAUCGUGAGAUAAUGCGCCAUGAUCCACACAAGCUGGUAGAGGGAUGUCUCAUUGCUGGACGGGCUAUGGGUGCCAACACUGGUUUUAUUUACAUUCGCGGGGAGUUUUACAACGAGGCUUGCAAUCUUCAGUAUGCCAUUAUUGAGGCCUAUAAGGCUGGCUAUCUGGGAAAGAAUGCCUGCGGUUCUGGGUUCGAUUUCGAUCUUUAUGUGCAACGUGGAGCAGGAGCCUAUAUUUGCGGCGAGGAAACCUCUCUCAUUGAAUCCCUGGAGGGCAAGGCCGGUAAGCCUAGGAACAAGCCUCCCUUUCCGGCCGAUAUCGGCGUCUUUGGCUGUCCGUCUACGGUGACCAAUGUGGAAACGGUGGCCGUGGCUCCCACUAUUUGCCGGCGUGGUGGCAAUUGGUUUGCCAGCUUUGGACGUACCCGAAACUCUGGCACCAAGCUGUUCAAUAUCUCUGGUCAUGUUUGCAACCCUUGUACCGUCGAGGAGGAGAUGUCUAUGCCAACCAGAGAGCUUAUCGAACGCCAUGCUGGUGGAGUGAUCGGGGGCUGGGACAAUCUACUGGCCAUUAUCCCGGGUGGCUCCUCCACUCCCUGCAUUACCAAGGAGCAUGCCUCGAGUGCGAUUCACGACUACGAUGGGCUGAUGGCAGUGCGUUCGUCCAUGGGAACGGGUGCCUUGAUUGUUAUGAACAAGGAUACGGACAUUAUCAAGGCCAUUGCCCGCUUAUCGGCUUUCUAUAAGCACGAGAGCUGCGGCCAGUGCACUCCUUGCCGCGAGGGUCUCCACUGGGUGAACAUGAUCAUGCAUAGAUUUGUCACAGGACAGGCGCAGAUUGCAGAGAUCGAUAUGCUGUUCGAACUGACGAAGCAGAUCGAGGGCCAUACCAUUUGUGCCCUGGCCGAUGGUGCUGCCUGGCCGCCCCAAGGACUCAUCCGAAACUUCCGUCCGGUCAUCGAGGAGAGGAUCAAGAAGCGGGCGGCCGAGGACCAAGCUAAAGCUGAAGCACUCCAGGCCGAGCGUUUCCCUUGUCAAACGGUGACUCCUUGUCCAGAAUAAAGCGUGCCAGUUGCAUCAAAA